CACCUUUGAGCAUCGGCAGCUGCGGAGGCCGGGGUCUUCAGUGAAUUAUGCCUUUUUGGUUUGGGACCCAGACAAGGAGGUUUCCAGUAGAAGGAGGAGAUUCUCCGAUUGGGCUGGAACAUGGGCUAAGCGCCAGUGCUGCCUGUAAUGGGAAAGAGACUUCACCAACCAGGCAGCUCCGAAGAUGCCCUGGAAGUCAUUGCUUGACAAUAACUGAUGUUCCCAUCACUGUUUAUGCAACAAUGCGAAAGCCAGCUGCACAAAGCAGCAAGGAAAUGCAUCCUAAAUAGCAUCAUUAAGUCCUUUGUAGAGGGUCGACUAGGUCAAGGGUAAUGGGCCAGUAUCAUCUGGUAAACAAAUAAAGGUGGUGGCAUCUUUGGACAAUGACAACGGUUGAAAUAUUUACUUUUAGUAGGAAAGAUAGAAUUGUAGUCAGUAAAACAUGCAUAAUGAUAAGUCAUCAGUCAUGUUUGAUAGAUAAGACAGAAUAAUAUUUCAUAAUUAGAAAGUGCCUUUGAGAUCAUCUAGCCUAUAGGAAUCAUUAAUAUCAAUAAUUCAAGGUGAAA